AUGAGGUUUAAUACAACUGAUGAGCAGCAGCAGGGAACGACUCUAUCAAGCCUCUGCAGCGUGAAAGAUGGGCCUGUAACUGACAGUGAGGGGGUGAUCAGAAACCCCGCCCUCCCUGGUGAUCACUAUGAAGAUAACGAGCUGUGUGUGUGGAGCAUCAGUGUUCCUCCAGGUUAUAGUAUUCUGUUGGAGUUUGAUCAUUUUAAUUUGGAGGAUGACUCAUACUGUCGCUACGAUCGACUAACUGUUUCAGUAGGGAGCCGAAGGCCUGUUGGGAUAUUCUGUGGAAGUGUCCCCCCGGGCCCAGUACUUCUGAAUAAUUCCCAGAAUGCAACACUUCUCUUUUCCUCUGACAUUAGCGGCGCAGGAAGCGGCUUUAUUGUCAGGCAUCGUGCUGUCCAGGGACACUCUGAUCCUGGAUGUGGGACAGUUGUUCUGGUUGAGGAUCAGGCUGCUGUCCAUAGCCCACAUUACCCACAAUUCUACAGUAAUGACUGCGUCCUCCGCUGGGUGGUGUAUGCUCCUGCGGGUCAUGUUAUUAAGCUGGACUUUGCUGAUUUUGACCUGGAGGAGUCAGACAGAUGCUUGUAUGAUUCCCUCACAGUCCUGGCAGAUGUGGAGGGAACAGAAGAGAUAGUGGUGCUGUGUGGUGGCAGUAUCCCUCCCCCCGUCCUGUCCUAUCACAGCGUCAUGGUGCUGCAGUUCACUUCAGACAGCAGCAUCACACAUAGAGGCUUCAAGGCAACUCUGGCAUUCAUUAGCCAUACAGACCUUCAUGAUCAUGACAGAACAGGUGUGGAGGGUCAGAAAGACGGUCGAAGAAGGCACCAAGAUGAUAUGACAGCUAAGAUUGGACACAUAACAUCAUAUGUGGACUUGGUUGCAGCAGAUGCAGGUGUGCAGCAGUCCAGCAGCAGAGUCCUGUUCCAGGAGGGUGAUGUGGACCAUGAGACCCCAGAAGACCCCAGAGUGCAUGUGGACAUGGGCUUAGAUGAUGAGGACUAUAGCAGAGAAGCCUCAGGGACGGAGCAGUAAUCAGCUGGAGGGAGGCUUGUAGAAAAAAGACAAAUAAGUUUCCAAAAGUGUCAUAUGUGGAAUGACAGUGGUGGUACGACAGUGUAUUAAGCUCAGAUGAGGAUAUUGAAGAGUUGAUGAAGGCAGCUGAAGGUAGAUCAUUUACGCAUUUAAGACAUUCUUUUUAUUUAAUAGAAGAUAGAUCUAUGGCCUUAUUGUCAUAGAAUGUAACAGUCAUUGGAUUUAACAAUUUUAAAUGAUUUUAAAAGAUUUUUUUGUUCUCUGUAGAGCUGAGCAGUACCCUUUCUCAGAAUGCAGCACAGAUUUUUAAUAAAUUUUAAAUGGGAUGUUAUUUAAGACCAUUAAUUAUAUAAAAGUGGAUAUUGUUAAAAUCUUUUUCUUUCACACAAGAACCAAUCACACUUGAAUUGUCUAUGUUUAGGCUUGGUGCCUUUUUUUCAGUCAGGUCACACCAUCUUAAUUGAAGUGCAUGGUGUUCAGGUGAUACAGCGGACUCAGGAUGGUGGGAAAUGUGUUCUGCAGUCAGGGCAUUGUAGUUUAUUGGUUAUUGUAAUAAUAAAU